AGCGCUGCAGCCCCUCGGCCGCCCUCGCCCCCCUGGGCAGCCCCAUUGCAGGGCUGCCCCCCCCGGUGCGGCCCAGCCUUGGAGCACAGCAGCGUGCCGGGCGCUGCCCCCCGCAGCCCCCGGGUGCUGCCCCCUGGGUGCGUGGCCCCCCGUGGCCCCGGGGACCCUCCGCCCGCCGGCAGAGCCAUGAAGCUGCAGGCGGUGAUGGAGAACCUGCAGCGGCAGCAGCGCGCAAGGCUGCAGCAGGCGCUGGAAGCGCGGCAGCAGGAGCAGCAGCAGCAGCAGCAGCAGCAUCGCUCCACGUCCCCCCCGGUGCAGCCCCCAGAGGGCCCAGGGCAGCCCCCAGCCAACACCCCGGUCCGUGCCCGCGGUCAGGAUGCGGCUCCAGCACCAUCGGAGGAAGGACCGGAGCCCGAGAGCGCGCACAUGCAGCGGGCACAGAUGGCCGCUCUCGCUGCCAUGCGGGCGGCAGCCGCCGGCCUGAGCCACUCGUCCAGCCCCAGGCAGUCGGAUGAGAGCCAGGCCUCAGAGGAGGAGGAGGAGGAGGAGGAAGAACACGGUGAGGAGGAGGAGGAGGAUGGCGGGUACCAGCAGGAGAUGGGCUCUGAGGAGGAGGAGGAUGUGAAGGGCAAGUGGGAUGAAGAUGACUUUGAGGAGGACCUGGGCGAGGAGGAAGAGGAAGAAGAGGAGGAGGAGGAAGAGGAAGACUACGAGGAGGAGGAAGACAUGGGAGAGGAAGGGCUGGGCUCGGCAGAGGCGGUGCGGGCCAGCGCGGGCUCCCUUCUGCUCCGCAAGCCGCCGGCACCGCAGCACUACCGGGGCGAGCCGCAGCGGGUGCCGGGCGGGCAGGAGCGGCUCCCCCCAGGGCUGGGCCAUGCGCAGCCCCCGCCACCGGCACCCGACCACGGUGACUGGACCUACGAGGAGCAGUUCAAGCAACUGUAUGAGCUGGAUGGUGACCCCAGGAGGAAGGAGUUCCUGGAUGACCUCUUCAGCUUCAUGCAGAAGCGAGGGACCCCCGUCAACCGGAUCCCCAUCAUGGCCAAGCAGGUGCUGGACCUGUACAUGCUGUACACGCUGGUGACGGAGAAGGGCGGCCUGGUGGAGGUGAUCAACAAGAAGCUGUGGCGGGAGAUCACCAAAGGGCUGAACCUGCCCACCUCCAUCACCAGCGCUGCCUUCACCCUGCGCACCCAGUACAUGAAGUACCUGUACCCCUAUGAAUGUGAGAAGCGAGGGCUGAGCAACCCCAACGAGCUGCAGGCGGCCAUCGACAGCAACCGGCGGGAGGGCCGCCGGCAGGGUUUUGGCAGCUCCCUCUUCACCUACUCCCCCGGCGGCACCCAUGGGCUCCUCUCCUCCCCGAAGCUGCCGGUGCCGGCGCUGGGGUUGGCGUCUGCCACCAACGGCGGAUCCAUCGCUCCCGUUCAGAAGAUCAAGAAAGAGGAGGACUCCCCCAUCCCCAUCUCCGUGCCCAGCCGCCUCCCGGUCUCUCUGGCCGGGCACCCCGUGGUGGCAGCGCAAGCGGCCGCGGUGCAGGUGGCGGCGGCGGCUCAGGCCGCGGCGCUGGAGCAGCUCCGGGAGAAGCUGGAAUCGGGGGAGCCCCCCGAGAAGAAGAUGGCGCUGGUGACGGACGAGCAGCAGCGGUUGAUGCAGCGGGCGCUGCAGCAGAACCUCCUGGCCAUGACGGCGCAGCUGCCCAUGAGCAUCCGCAUCAACAGCCAGGGAACCCGCUCGCCAGAGAACCGCCAGGACUCGGCCACCGGCCUGGGCAGCAACGGCACCAACAGCAUCAGCAUGUCGGUUGAGAUCAACGGUAUCGUCUACACAGGUGUGCUGUUCGCCCAGACACCCGGCCCUUCCUCCUCCUCCUCCUCCUCGCUCCCAUCCUCUGCCUACACCAAAGGCAACGGCGGCGGUGGCAGCCGGACCGGUGGCAGCAGCGGUGGUGCCGGCGGCACUGCGGCACCGACCAACCUGGCCGUGCCCCCCACUUCUACCUCCAACAACGCUUCGCCUUAACAAACACCCCUGCACCGGGGCCUCGUUGGGGUCUCCUUGGGGU